AACCGCUUGCAUUUGCAGUAUAGUAAAGCUGUCUAGCGGUUUCAGACCGUUCCGUACUUUGCCGACCGACUGACAUAAACAUACAUAAAGAGUGUUGUUGCGUUCCACUAACAUAGCAAAGCAACCACAUUGUGUUAGUGCUCAUUUUGAACAAAAGUGUAAUUUUUUUUGUGUUGUGGUGCACUUAAGGCCUCAUCAUUGCUCUGUACCCGGUCAUCAGGCCUGCAGGCCCUUCGCCCUUCGGCAUGCCGGCAAUGCACACCGAGAACGGAUUAAUUUUUUCACCCCCGCCUGAUGUUCUAAAGCAGCGUAUAAUGGUUGCCGAAUUCGUGGGACGAGGCCAGAGUGGUUCCCCAGUAAAUGGUGAAAUUCCACAAUUAAACUCAAACAUGCCGUCAAGUCACGGACGAGAAUUGCUUGAAAACCCCACAACCCCCGACUACAAUCAACAGAACUACAAGAUGAACAACGUGAAUCAUAAAGACCUAUUCGGUCAGCGCAAACAGAGAGAAUUUACUCCUGAUAAUAAAAAGGACGACAGCUAUUGGGAUAGGCGUCGCAGAAACAACGAGGCUGCCAAAAGGUCGCGCGAAAAAAGACGCUACAACGACAUGGUUUUGGAACAAAGAGUGGUCGAGUUAACCAAGGAAAAUGCCAUACUGAAGGCUCAGUUGGAGGCGAUCAAGGAGGAAUUUGGAAUCUGCGGCGAGAAUGUGGUGUGCGUUGAAAAAGUAUUGGCUAAAAUGCCAUCGAACGAACAAGUGCUCAGCCUAACCAAGCGGCCCAAAAUAUCGCAUCCUUCGCCCCUUAUGUUCAGUUCACCAAGUCCAAUCCCCACCCCUGUAAUACAUCAGCCUGUGAUGGGCUCGCCACCACCGCAAUCCUUGACGCACGGCCACAGCAUCCUUCACCCACCCCCAUCCCACAUGGAGUCGCCAUACAGAGAACCGCAGGAUUACCAUGGUUACCAGUUCCAGCCUUACCACGCCACCAUGCACUACGACUCAAACAACGCCCUCAAUUUGUCGCGAUCGCGCUCCAGAGGUCAGUCGCCGUUCGAAGUGUCCAGCAACUCAGGCGACGAAAGUGCACCGGUAGCUCUAACCACCUCGGAAGCCAACAACAGCUUGCCAUUGAAGCUGAGACACAAGUCGCAUCUGGGCGACAAAGACGCCGCCAGCGCGCUGUUGUCCCUGCAGAACAUCAAGCAAGAACCAGGUCCGCGCGCAUCUCCUCCAUGGGACGCGGAAGGUUCGAGCGACGAAAGGGACUCCGGCAUUUCUUUGGGCGCCGAAUGGACCGCCAGUCAAGCAGCCGCCACCCUCCAAACUCUCCAGAAACAAUCUCAGAUGCAGGGGUUACAAGAAGGCGACAACCCCGAGAAAAGGCACAUCAUUCACUCGGAAUUGGUGCGAAUUUCCACGGAGGUGGAAAAAUUGAAGUCGUACAUGAGAAAAGACAAAGACGCGGGCGUGCCUCAUCAUCAUUAGUGCGCUACCGCAAAAACAAACAGAAUGAAUAUUGGUGUGAUUUAGGUGAUCCAAUCAGAAAUGGUGGGUCACCGUUGUUGUGAUGAUUCUCGUUCUGGAGAUUUGAACAUAUCAUGCUCCGACGGGGCAUAUUUAUUAUUCUAGUGUUAGGUAUUUAUUUGUUAGUUAAGUUGAGUUUUAAAGGUUGACGUAUCGUCGGGAGGAAGUCGUCAACUUGCACAAUAAUCUUAAUGGACACGCUUUUCAUUUUGCCAAUUUAUAUUCCUAUGAUUAUUAUCCUUGUUCUUAUUUAACAAUAACAUUAUAUUAUUGUAUUGGCGCUUUAAUAGCUAUGACUUAAUAUUGUGUAAUUUACCUACUAUAUACUGUAUACUUUAUAAUCUUAGGACAUUAGUCCAUCUAUCGUCUUAUUAGAGCCAAUCAAUUUUUUUUUGGCUGCAUUAUAUUGUGUACUUUCUAUAUCAUCACUACCGAUUUACCUUGUCAUCAUUUUUAUCAUAAGGAAUUAACGUACCUUUUAUUUUUUAACUGGAAAUGUGUGAUUUUUUUGUAAACUAUUUAUCCUAAGAUACGCAAUUAUUUAUGUAAAAUAUUGUAUUUUGUUACUCGCCGUCUAACGGCUAAUAUUACGUUAUGUUUAUCUCAUUAUUGUAUAUUUAUAUAUUAUAAGACUUAUGCUGGACUUACCUUUGAAUAAAUCUUUUAUAAGAAUCUGUAAUAUUUACUUCGUCCAGUAUGAUAUUCAUCCAUAUAGAAGAAAAUAUUUAUAUAUUUUCAUAUUACCGUUUAUGUAUCCUAACUGUGUAUUAAAUAAAUAUUUGCAAUGUUUUUC